AUGGCUUUCAUGCAAAGGCGCCUUCCACCCUUGCAGAGGGUGUUCCUCAACUUCGAUGGCAAGCCUCCCGCCUCGGAGAGCAUUCUCCGUCGCUCCCGCAGCUUCGCCGGCUACGUGCCCGUUGAGCUCAGCGAGGUUCAUGUCGAGCUUCAUGUCGAGCUUGGCGCGAAGCCCUUCGUCGAACCAGUCGAACCCGUCUCCCAAGCUUCCGACGCAGAAAGCACAGCAGAAGACCCCGCCACUUUUCCGGACACCGACGAUGAGGAAACAGUGGCUUGGGUCGAGGCGCAAUCCGGCAUCUUCGCUCCGAUGGUCGACGAUGCCGCGAGCAACGGCAGCCCGUGGCUCGCGCCACUGGCUCCAUCGGCGACCACAGCGGAGGAACAUUGCGGCUACAUGCCGCAGCGCGACAUGGGGGAGCACUUGAGCCGCUCCGGCUUUCCAAACCCGGGCUAUGUCAACGUGAAUGUCGUCAACCCCGGCCCUGCGCAAACAUCUCAGAAUGCAUGGUUCAAUCGCAGGCUCAACGCUCCGGCUGGGGGCACGCAGCAAGUGGACAUCGUACUCUCGCCUGCGCAGGGCUUGCACAUGAACAUGCAGAAGUGGUGCGGAGGCCACAUGCACGCAGACGAGAAGUCGAUGGUGUCUCCCCAGGUGGUCUCUGCCUUGAUGGCAAAGGAGCAAAGAGAGUCCACGACAGGCCAGAAAGCGCUGCCAAGCACAGGGGACCAAGUGACGAAAGCCCUGUGUGCUGGCACUAUUGCCUUGAAGAAGGCAAGGGCCAUGAUGCCGGCUGUCAAUCUUCAGCCGACGGUUCCCAACGCCCGCCCUCGAACAGCCACGGUGCCGGAUGUGAAUCCUCAGCCGACGGUUCCGAACGUCCGCCCUCGACGCGGGCGGCGAAUCCCACGGUCCUCGACGCGGCCUGAGAACUGA